CAGCGGCCAGUACUGCACGCGCCGCGCUGACGGAAACAGCUUACGUCGCUUCGCUCCGCCCCGCGUCGCGUCACACAGCACGCCGCGCUGGGAUGAACCACGCGCGCUCCUAGGCCAGCCACGCCCGCAGCUGCGCUACACGCCACAGCCGGCAACAGCUGUUGCAGCAUGGUGCUGGUGCUGAGUGGGGUGCUGCAGGACGAGCCGCCGCCGGACACGCGGUCGCUGCUGCAGGCGCACCCCAUCUACAAGGACUCGGCCCAGCAGUUCGUCGCCAUCCCCAACAAAGUUGUGGGCCCCGCCGGACUGCUCUACGUGCGCCAGCGCGAGCUCGCCGUCACAGUACCACACGACAAAAAUGUGACUAUCUUGGGGUCUGAUGAUGCUACAACAUGCAUCAUCGUUGUGCUGAGACAUUCAGGUUCAGGUGCUGUGGCCCUAGCUCAUCUGGAUGGAGCAGGAACAGAGGAAUGUGCUGCCACUAUGGUGCAGCGAGUCCAGGAAGUCGGCAUGGGCUUUGCAGAGGGCAGGCUCGAGCUGCAGCUCGUUGGUGGAUUCUCUGACAGCCGACACUACUCUGAAGACUUAUUUUACAAUAUCAUGCAUGCAUUUCACCGGCAGCCAGUGGAGAUAGACCUGACAUUGGCAUGUGUGGGGGAACUUAAUACAACCAUCAGGAGUGGCAUACACUGGCCUAUAGUGUAUGGUGUUGGUGUUAUCACAAAGACUGGUGAACUGUUCCCAGCAACUUUUCCAGACAAGGGCCCCGACCUGGCUCUGCGGAUUGCCAGGCAUCUGAGGGGUGGCCAGCAGGUGCUGGAUAUUUAUGACUCCAAUCUGGGUCUGUUAAGGAUUGGACCAUUCAAUUAUGACCCUCUGCGUGGAGUUGACUUGUGGCUCGAACAACCGGAUGAACUUAUACUGCAACAUUUGAGCACAUCACCUGAAGUAGAGCCACCACACUUUGUAAUGCAGAUACGUGCAACACUGAAGUACAUCCAAGAGCAUCCCUUCCCAGCAAUCACGGUGUUCAGGGACAAUAGGCCACGGUACUACCGACGGGACGAGAACACGGGACAGUGGGUGCCGAUACGCUACUGAUUGCUGGCAAAAGUCAGCAGUGGUGCCUAUUUCUGAAACUCACCUCAAAUGGUGGGACAGCAAGUAAAGUGAAUCACUUGUGCGUCUGACACAGUUGUAAUCUUAAUUCUACGUCAUUAGUUUUCACUACCUUGUAAUCCUUUUCCUUUUUAUUACAAUGCUUCUUUUAUUUUUGAGAGAUAUUUUGUGACUGUUUAUACUACUGCUGUAUAUAUUACAUAUCACUAUUAUACUUCACUGUAGUAUAGUGUCACCGUGUGAAAGCAAGGAUAGGCAUUAUUGUGAAAAGCUUUUUCAGAAUAAUUAUUGAAACAAAGUCUGCAUGGCUGUUUAUUUCAUCAAUUUUUUUGAAAAAGAGAAAAGAAAAGAAAAAUUUGAUGAUCUCUCAUAAUCAGUAAUAGUGCUGUUACAGGUGUUAGAUGGAGAAGGUGUUUAAUGUUGAUCACUAGUGACAGGCAUUUUUUUGUGAAAAGUUCAGGUGCUAGGAGUGAACUGUCAUUCACACAAGUUGUUAAUACAUAUCUCCAUCACAUAAGUAAUAAGAUCCCCCAAGUUGGCUGAUUAUCUGGGUUUUGCUCCCAACUACAGCAACUAUUUUUAAAGUUUGUGUCAUUACUUUUGGAAACACUUUCCUUGUAUAACUAUGUCUUGAACAUGUGUGGGCAAUCUAGUAAAUAAAGGGCAUAUCACAAUGUUAUUGCUGUAUAUUAAUUUUAUAGAAUUUGAAAGAUGUGUAGUGGAACUACUGGUGUAUACUUUAUUCUUCUUAAUACUGUAACUACUGAGGCAUUAAGCACAUGUCCUUAUGAGUUUACAUAUUCUUCAGAGUACAUCAUCAGAUGAAGGCUUAUUCAUGACAGUGGAGUACAGUGAACUCUGUCAUGUAGUACUUGAUAAAUUCUCACAUUGUCUUUACACAUGAAGGAUCUAUUGAUCAAUGAUGCGGUGUGGGUACAUGCACACAACAAUCUCAUGUGAAUGCUCAUCUACCAUUAGCCACUAGGAUUAAGUUUCAUGGGAGUAUUUAUUUUUGUUUCACAUAUAUAUUUACUGUUAUUUUUUAGCUUCUUUCCACUUACAUCCACAAAAGUGCAUUAAUGGUGUAUGCUCAGAAGUUCCUAGAAUACAAAAUACCAUCUUUUAAUAGGCAAAACAAGUGUAACAAGGACAUUCUGUUAAAGUUGCUUUUUUACUUCUAGUAAUCAAUGAAUGAUAGUCACUGUAAAACUAUGCAGGCAAAUUUCAAUACAGGGUUGUCCUCAAAGAUAAGUUGUUACAGUCUUGACAGUCUAUGUUGAAUUGUGAUUGUUCUAAUUACCUGACUGAUGCAUCUCUUUCUAGGUGCUUUUAGAAGUACGUGGUAACAAAUAAAGAAAAUGAGGCACUGUGUUGCCCUGAGAAUAUUUGUGAUGUUCAUGACAUGACUUACUUAGAAAAGAUAAUCUGUUCAGUAUACAAAUUUAUAAAAGAAAAGCCUUUUUCAUGGAAAUCAAUGAAAUGAUUAUUAUAAAAAACAAUUUUGGAGAAACUGUAUUACAGAACUGUAUUUUUCUUUUAAAACAUACAAUUUUUCACUUGUUAUUUCCUGAUAUAAAAUCAACUGAUUGUUCUGGGAAGUCAUUUGUGGGCUGCAUGUUUAUUUCCUGCUGAUUAUGCAACUGACAAAUCUCCUGAUGCUUUUAUGCAUUUAUGUACUGUUAAUUUCACAUUAGUGUUGAAAAAGCAUUAUCACUAGAAGUUGGCACAAAAACAAAAGAAAUUAGGUGUAAUGCACAAUUUAUUUUUAAUGUGAUUCAAAUAAUGUUUUUCUUGAACUGCUGUAUUUCGUCGGGGUCUCUCAAGGAAAAUAAUGUCAACAUAGUCACUUAUUCAAAGAAACCUACAUAUCAAUUAUUCCAUAUCUAUUGUGUGAAUGCUAAGAGAAAAUAAAUAUUGUAGGUUCAUUAAUGGUUUCACAGAUAUGAGACUGAAUUCUUUUGUGGCCCACUGUUUGGGCACGUGACUUGAAAGCUCUAUGUGUGAUUAUACCAGAGAUUAUUCAACUUUUAGCUGUCAUUAGUGUUGGCUCUCUUUUGUGACAGAUAAUGUUUUGAGAAAUAUUUUGUUUUUAUAUAUUAAGUAACAGUUCUGGAGAAUCCAGAUUAAUUUGUAUGCUUGUAAAUUUGUUGAGAGAUUGUUGCAAAGACACAACAGCUACAUCUUA